AUGGCAGCGAAACAGAAAUUUUUUGAACCCAAAAUCCCAGAAAUAUUGUUGAAUUCAGGGCACAAAAUGCCAAUGAUAGGGUUUGGAUGUGCAGCCAGCAAUAUGCCUCCGUUAGAGGAAUUGAUAUCGAUUUUGCUUAAGGCCAUGGAGAUUGGUUACAGGCACUUUGACACAGCAUCAGCCUAUGGAUCAGAAGAGGCCCUGGGAAAAGCCGUGGCAAAAGCAUUGGAAAUGGGGUUGAUAAAGAAUAGAGAUGAAUUGUUCAUCACUUCUAAACUUUGGAUUACACAAAAUCAUCCUGAUCUCGUUCUUCCAGCUCUCAAGCAAACUCUCGAGACAAUGGGACUAGAAUAUUUGGACCUUUACCUUAUUCACUCGCCAGUGAGGAUUAAGGAAGGGGUUGAUCCUUUCAAACUUGGAGAAGGUGAUGUUCUGCCCUUCGACAUGAUUGGUACGUGGAAAGUCAUGGAAGAUUGCUUCAAAUUGGGUUUGACAAAAUCUAUUGGUGUGAGCAACUUUUCUUCUGGAAAAAUCUCAAAACUUCUGGAUAGCUCAACCAUCCCACCCGCGGUCAAUCAGGUGGAAAUGAAUGUGAAUUGGCAGCUGCGAAACUUCGGAAACAAGACCAUUGCUCAGCAUAGAGGACCAGUUGGUAGAGGAGAUCUUUUCAUUGUGAAAAAUGGGCCAAUUAAAUCGGUUGAAGAGUUUUGGGAUGGAGACAUGUGA